CCCUGUUCCUUCCUCUGCUGCAGAGAGACACAGAGAGAGAGAGAGAGAGAGAGAGGCGAGGAGGAUGGAGGUGCAAGUGGCCCCGCUCCGCUCCUGGGACGACUUCGUCCCGGGCCACGACCGCUUCGCCGUCCCGGACUUCAAGGACAUCUCCAAGUGGAACAACAGGGUGGUCAGCAACCUCCUCUACUACCAGACCAACUACCUGGUGGUGGCCGCCGCAGUGGUCUCCAUCGUCGGAUUUCUGAAUCCACUGAGCAUGGUUCUUGGGGCUGCUGUGGUAAUCCUGGUGUUCCUGACAUUUGUGUGGGCAUCUCACCACAAAGACUUCAUUCACAAGUUUAAGAAGCACUAUCCUUUUGCUUUUGUCAUCGCUAUUAUGCUGUUGAGCUACUUCUUGAUAUCCUUUUUCGGAGGAGUGAUGGUGUUCAUGUUUGGAAUCACAUUUCCUCUAUUCUUGAUGUUUGUUCAUGCUUCCUUGAGGCUUCGGAACAUAAAGAACAAAGUAGAGAACAAGAUGGAAAGCAUUGGCUUAAAGAAGACUCCUAUGGGCAUUAUCCUAGACCUUCUUGAACAGCAAGAAGAAGGUUUCACCAAACUGGCUGAUUACCUAUCUAAAGCAAAAGAAUAAAAUAUGCAUGCUGCCCAUUGUUCUUAGUCUGAGGAAGUGUUUGGUCAUAUCCAACAUCACUUUUCAGUCUGUGGAUGUAAUGGUACUCAGACUGCAAAGCUGACAUAUGGCAAAAUAAAAAUAUCUCAAAUGCUUCCAGCCUCCUCUGAACAAGGUGGAUAGGAGGUAAUAAGGUGUAACAUGCAAAGGUAUUUGAUACACGAAUGCAUUUGAUAGUUCACAGCACCCACUAUUUUUCCAGGGCAGGGAAUGACGUGGAAUGCCUUCUCCAAAACUAUUUAUCUAUAUAUUGGUAUGCUUUUGGAAGCCUGUAUUUUAUGGCAGCACUCCAAAUGCAAAGAAUUAGUCUUUUUAUCUUCCAUAUAACCAAGAUGAUAUUGUACAGAUCCAAAAUUAAUAUGGACUAGCUAAAGAAGAUCUGUUGGAGCAGUGGCAGCUUUUGGUUCCCAUGUUGGUCAGGUGCUAAAUCUACUUUGGGGUUUAGAUGGAGCUUUAAAGGCAUUAGCCAGGGUGCUGAACCAUAUCCCCCAAAUUGGUUCAGUACCUUGCAUAGCUCCUUUAAAGUUCAGAGUAAAAUCCAGAGCAGAUGUAGCAUCCCAUUGAUAGCACACCUUUCAGCUGCACCUUAAUGAAUCUCUUGAGUGAUCUGUAUUUCCAAGUAGAGAACGCCAGUUUAGUCACAAAACAUGUACAUUUUAUUGCGAUAAAUAUGGAUUGUCCCACUGUUUACCAACCGAAACCUUUUUUUCUCUGCACAGAAAUUUCAUGUGUGCAUAGAUAAUAUCUAACAAAUUGACAUUCCUUUAGUAAACCUAUGGAGUGACAGUAUCUAGGGGUCAGGUUGCAUUACAAGAUUAACAUGAUUUUCUGUGCAUGCCACAUUCAACUGUUACACAUGCUUUAAUAUAUAUAUGUAUAUAUAUAAUAGAGUUAUGUAAGUAUUUAACUUUUCAAAGCUUGAGAUCUACAAUUAAAUAGAAAUAUGGGUCGUAAACAGUCUUUGUUUAGUCAGCAUUGAUAUAUACAUUUUAAAGAAAAAUUAACUGGAGAGUAGAACCUCAUUUUUUAAUGUCAUCUCAUAUUAGCAUUUGGGAUGGGGCUAUCCAGACAUUCUUCUCCUGUAACAAAGUGGAAGAAACAGUCUAGACAACCUCACGCAUAUUUUAAGCACCUCCCAUAUGCUUCUAGAAUAUAAUUUCAGUGUGAAUUAAAUUUCAUGUGUAAAAAAUAUUCAAGUCCACACUGAAUAUCAUACUCCUAUUUUUUCCUUUUUUUGGUUUUUUUUUUUUAACAUAGAUUUAUAUUGUUACAGUGGCAGAAAACAUGUGGCCUUCCAGAAGUUUUUGGACUGUAUCUCCCAUCAGUUCUAGCCAGUAGGAUUGAUAAGAGUUGCAGUUCAACAUUAUUUGGAAAGUCACAUGUUCCCAUCCUUCUCUUAUUUAUGCAGCAAAUAUCCUCAGAUCUCUCCUCACAACCCCUUGGCUUUCCCUUUUUGAACUGAGAGUUGUAACAUCUCAUUCCAUAUUAUACUGUUAAAAGAUCAGUAUUUUAUUAGGAUUAUGUCUCUACUUGAGUAUUCCAGGAUUAAAGAUGAAUAAACUGGUUUUGAUUUGUA